AUGUUCUCCCUGCUAUAUUAUGGCAUAAUGGUCGCGCAUGGCGAUUUCGUCCAAGCAGAUGAUAAGGAUUGGAAACCUUGCCUGCAGAACAUAAACUCGUUUGUUUCCGUCUUUUUAUUUUCCCUCGAAACUCAACACACGAUUGGUUUUGGAGUAAGGUACCCAACGGAAGAAUGCCCAGAAAUCGUAUUUACGCUCGGACUUCAGUCAAUGGUUGGAGUCAUUAUUCAGACCCUGAUGGUCGGAGUGGUUUUCGCUAAACUGACUCGCCCAAAGAAAAGAGCCGAAACUUUGCUGUUCAGCAGAAAUGCAACGAUUAACCUACGCAAUGGCAAGCUGUGCCUAUGUUUUCGAAUCGGCGAUAUACGCAAGUGUAAACUAGCCAACGUGCAAAUACAUAUGCUAAUGAUAAACAAGUACACAACGGAAGAAGGGGAAGUGUUACCAUUUUUUCUCAACGAUAUGAAAGUACAAAUUGAUACAGUGAAAGAUUUCCCGACAUUAGCAUGGCCAGUGAUUGCUUGCCAUUUUAUCGACGAAAACAGUCCGCUGUACCGAUAUGACGAAACAGGUUUACAAAACGCAAAGCUAGAAAUUAUCGUUAUUCUUGAUGGGCUGAUUCCCACAACAGGAAUGACUACUCAAGCACGAACAAGCUAUUUACCAUUCGAAAUACUGUGGGGAAGACGGUUUCAUCACUUGAUGACCUACCAGAAAAAGAAUGGCAUCAUAGAGUUGGACUACACCAAGUUUAACAGCACUUAUGCCGUUAGAACACCGAGAUGCUCAGCAGAAAAACUAAAACAGAAUCAUGAGGUAAGCAGCAAGAUGUAUUCAAAUAUAACUUGA